AUGGACAGGCCAGGCCAGGACAAUCAGGUGCGCGUGUGUGGUCCUACUGCUAGCCUGAUGUUUAUUAUAGGCAAUGUCUCAGAGUUCGCUUCGGACCAGCUGUUCAUUGAAGCGAGCUCUUACUUAAGACAAAGGAAUUGA